CAAGGCCCAGGUGCCGGCCGAGAGGAGCCCGUGGGGACGCCCGUGUGUAGGUGGCCACGUGCAGUCAUGGUGCGGAACGUGGACGACCUGGACUUCCACCUGCCCUCGCACGCCCAGGACAUGCUGGACGGCCUGCAGCGGCUGCGCUCCCAGCCCAAGCUGGCGGACAUCACACUGCUGGUGGGUGGCCAGGAGCUGCCCUGCCACCGGGGGCUCCUGGCGCUGAGCAGCCCCUACUUCCACGCCAUGUUCGCGGGCGACUUCGCCGAGAGCUUCUCGGCGCGCGUGGAGCUGAGGGACGUGGAGCCCGGCGUGGUGGCGCAGCUGGUGGAUUUCGUGUACACGGGCCGGCUGACCGUCACCCAGGGCAACGUGGAGGCGCUGACCCGCACGGCCGCGCGCCUCCACUUCCCCGCUGUGCAGAAGGUCUGCGGCCGCUACCUGCAGCAGCAGCUCGACGCCACCAACUGCCUGGGCAUCUGCGAGUUUGGGGAGCAGCAGGGGCUGCUAGGCGUGGCUGCCAAGGCCUGGGCCUUCCUGCGGGAGAACUUCGAGGCCGUGGCCCGGGAGGACGAGUUCCUGCAGCUGUCCCGAGAGCGGCUGGCCGCUUGUCUGGCCGGCGACCUGCUGCAGGUGCAGCCGGAGCAGGGCCGGCUGGAGGCCCUGCUGCGCUGGGUGCGCCACGACCCCCAGGCCCGGGCCGCCCACCUGCCCGCGCUGCUCGGCCUGGUGCACCUGGACGCCGUGCCCAGGCCCCGCGUGCAGCAGCUGCUGGCUACAGAGCCGCUGAUCCACGAGUCGGAGGCCUGUCGGGAGGCCCUGUCCCGGGGCCACGAGGCGGCGCUGCUGGAACUCCCGCAGAAGCUGGAGGAGGUCCUGGUGGUGGUGGGCGGGCGGGCGCUGGAGGAGGAGGAGGGCGCCGAGGAGCUGGCCGCCCAGCCCGGGAACUUCGCCUUCUACAACACCAAGGCCAAGAGGUGGAUGGCGCUCCCCGACUUCCCGGACUACCACAAGUGGGGCUUCUCCCUGGCCGCGCUGAACAACGACGUCUACGUGACAGGGGGCUCUCGGGGCACCAAGACGGACACCUGGUCCACAACGCAGGCCUGGCGCUUCCGCCUGAAGGAGGCGGCCUGGAGGCCCGUGGCGCCCAUGCUGAAGGCCCGCACCAACCACGCCAGCGCCGCGCUCAACGGGGAGAUCUACGCCAUUGGCGGCACCACGCUGGACGUGGUGGAGGUGGAGAGCUAUGACCCGUACACAGACACCUGGACGCCUGUCAGCCCAGCCCUCAAGUACGUCAGCAACUUCUCGGCUGCCGGCUGCCGGGGCAGGCUCUACCUCGUGGGCUCCAGCGCCUGCAAGUACAACGCGCUGGCCCUGCAGUGCUACAACCCCGCCACAGACACGUGGAGCGUGAUCGCCUCGCCCUUCCUCCCCAAGUACCUGUCCUCGCCGCGCUGCGCCGCGCUGCGUGGAGCGCUCUACCUGGUAGGGGACAACACCAAGAAGGUCUACGUGUAUGACCCCGGGGCCAACCUGUGGCAGAAGGUGCAGUCCCUGCACAGCCUGCAUGAGAACGGAGCGCUGGUGCCCCUGGGGGACACGCUGUACGUGACAGGUGGCCGCUGGCAGGGCAUGGACGGCGACUACCACGUGGAGAUGGAGGCCUACGACCCCGGGCGCGACGCCUGGGUCCGCCACGGCGCCCUGCCCCGCCUCUGGCUCUACCACGGGGCCUCCACCAUCUUCCUGGACAUCUCCAAGUGGACCCAGCCCUUCGGGCCCGCCCAGCAGCCCUGA